GCGGGCACAACGAACGAACACCAACGGCGAAUUGAAGCGGACGACUCGAGGAACCGACAGCGGGCGGAGCAGAACCACGUCCCACUCCCUUGUCCGACAACAUGAGGGCACGUUCUAUAACCAAAUCACGGCACACCGAGGAGCACUGGUGGCUAAAGGCGCCACACAGGAGCCGGUGCGUGGUGUUUAUUUGGCGGGGGCCCGUUUAAUAGGUGACACCAACUAUAUAUAUAUAUAUAUAUAUGGACAGGUUAGCUGACAACAUAAGGCCGGAGGACCCUUCAGGCACCGUGCCGAACUUCCCCUCGGGACCUUGUGCGCACGUCACUCACAUUUUCUACCGUUGCUUUGUCUUCAGCUCAAGUUACAGUAGCCUACGGCGAGACAGCCCCUGAGCUGCCAAGCUGAUAUAGAUUGGACAAGGCUCUCACUCGGUGUGAAGAAGGAGCUGCAAGACAAUAUGUUUAUAUCCACCCUCCCAUCCAACUCCUGGGCAAUGAAUCCGGAAAGAUUUGCGAAAAGUCAUCAAUACUCCCAGAGAGAAGACCUAGAGGGAUGACAGAAAGGCUUGAUGCAAUCAAUAUGUGCUCGAUACAACGAUACCUGUGAGGUUUCUUACAAGACUGGAGCGUUGGUCAGGAAACCAUCAUUAUCAGGCGGCGGCGGCGGGGACCCGGAGCUGUGCGCGACGGACGAAAUGAUCCCGUUCAAGGACGAGGGAGACCCGCAGAAGGAGCAGAUCUUCGCCGAGCUCAGCCACUCGGAGGAGGAGGGCGACCUGGCCGACAUCAAGUCGUCGCUGGUCAACGAGUCGGAGAGCAGCCCCAACAGCAACAGCCACGACGCAGCUAGACAGUCCCAAGUACCGCAAGAUUCAUAUCACGAAAAACACAGAGACCAUCCGGAUGAUGGAAAGCAUCACGACAUGUACAGCAAAGGCCAUCCGUACACGGGCUACCCAGGCUACAUCAUGAUGACUAACAUGAACAAUGACUCCUACAUGAGCAAUGGCUCCCUCUCGCCGCCCAUGCCCAGAACGUCCAACAAAGUCCCCGUGGUGCAACCGUCCCAUGCAGUCCACCCACUCACCCCACUGAUCACGUACAGUGACGAGCACUUCGCCCCAGGAUCUCAUUCUGGCCAUCAUCACCAGGAUGGGAGCAAACAAGGAAUGCCAAGGCAUCACCAAGACAUGACCAACUUCUACUCCCUAUCUCCUGGAGGAGUGGGGCAGAUCACCCCACCACUGGGAUGGUUCUCACACCACAUGGUGCCUGGCCCCCCAGGCCCCCACGCCACAGGGAUCCCCCAUCCAGCCAUCGUCAACCCGCAGGUCAAACACGAGCCACCGCAUGAAACGGACAUCAUGCACAUGAAGCCCCAGCACGAGCAGAGAAAGGAGCAGGAGCCCAAAAGACCGCACAUCAAGAAGCCACUAAACGCCUUCAUGCUCUACAUGAAAGAGAUGCGUGCGAACGUGGUCGCCGAGUGCACGCUGAAGGAGAGCGCUGCCAUCAAUCAGAUCCUGGGACGGAGGUGGCAUGCUUUAUCUCGGGAAGAGCAAGCUAAGUAUUAUGAGUUAGCCCGCAAGGAACGGCAGCUCCACAUGCAGCUCUACCCAGGCUGGUCCGCUCGAGACAACUAUGGAAAGAAGAAGAAGCGGAAGAGGGAGAAGAUGCAGGAAUCGACCACGGGUACAGGCCAGAGAAUGAAAACGGCGUACAUCUGAGAAUAUGGAGGAAAACGGAACAGUUUCUCCACAUGCAAAGCGAAGGCAGCAGCAGCUACGGGCCCUCUUCUAGAGAUGGAGGCCUGUUAGAUUCCAUGAAGACCCUUAAAUCUCCAAAACUGAAGCCUCCAGUUCUCAGAGGACCCCCUCCUCCCCUCCUGCCCUCCUCCUACCCCAACUCACCCUACUCCCAUCCCUUCAACACAGUCAGAUGCCACCACUUCACUGUUUGACAAUACUCCCUUCCUGAAGGCGCCUGCUGUCGACACUGAACUGAACUGAACAAGACAAUCAUGAUUAAGUAGUUGCACCCUCACGAAAACCCACAUUCUCGCACGGAAAACAUCAAAUUGACGUCUGUUUUUGUCCUUUUACAAAUCAAGCUUUACUGCGACCCAAGGCACUGCACUGAAAAACAGCAGCGAUGUCGACGUGCACACAAACGUCUCGCCGCACUGCCCGACCCCCCCACACACCUGUCUCUAAGUUAUUGUAACUUAUUUGUCACCCCUGUUCAUUUGUAUAGUUUGAUAGGCCGACCUUCACUCCCUCACCACCACCCCCCACUCAAACACACUCUUUUCUCUCUCUCACUGGAUUUUUGAGACCAUUUGGGGUUUCACCCGACCAAACACCUCUUUGUAGACUGCACUAAGGAAGAUGGAGGGAUCUCAUCUCGUCUAAGAAUCGUCCUCAAGACGCCAUUUUAGUUUGUCGCUGACCAGUUGGUGCAAAAAAGGAUCAACUAUUGAUUUGCUUUCUCAUUUUAGACAGAAUUUUAUUUUAUUUUGAAUGCUUUUUUGGUUUUGUUUUUUGUAUCUUGAACCCUUGUUUCAAUUUCUUGGUGUAUAUUUUAGUGAUUUAUUUUUUUUUUUUAAUAUUUUUUUUUUUUUAUAAAGUGGUAUAUAUGAAAAUAAGCUUUGGACACAGGAAAGCCAUUUUUCUUGUUGAAGCGUCUUGCAGAAAAUUAAAAAACUUAAGGCUUCUUUUGAUAACUAUUUGUAACAAAUAGUGACCUCGAGUCUUGCUCAGAUGUAAAAUAAUGCUCAGUACGUGUACUUUUUAAAUCUGUCAGGAUAUGUCAAUUUUCUUGGUAUUUUUGCAGGCAACAUUAGGACAAAGGCGAGAGUGAUGGCUCAGAGGCCUAUAUUUUAUUGUUCUAAAACAUGACAAAUGAAGCAGAUAUAUAUAUUUACCCCAGCACUUGGCAGUCUUUCUUUUAUUGCAAUGGACCUUUGUCUUUUCUCUCUGGUAGCUAAUAGUGUGUCUUUAGCCAUGUUGUUUAUUCCAUGCAAGCAUCUCUGUAACAUUUUGAUUUUAAUGCUCUAUUUUAGUAUUACUUGAUGAAUUCCUCUUUUUUUAAAUUUUAUUAUCAUAUUCUGGGUCACUGUCAUCUUGGAAUAGCAUUUUGCUUCCCAAGUGGUCAUAUUUGAACUGUUUCAACAUUUUUUGGGUCGUUUUUUGUUUUGUUUUUUUAAAGAAAAAUAAAAAAAGGCACCAUUGGCUCAUGUGAUCACUCGUGUGGUGGAAAGACCGGAGCUAGAAAGUGCCAGAUGUAACAGUUUGUGUCUUUCUUGGAGAUGAGAAUUAUCCACAGGCAGUAGUGUUACUAGUGCUUCAAAAAAACACACCACACUCAGUGCAAUGAUAAUGAAAAGAAGCCCACUGUCUGAUUUAAAAUUUUUAAAUCUUACAAUGAGGUAACAGUGAUCCCAGCGUACAAACUGUUAAACUACAAGAAAUAUCAAGGUAACAAUAAAAUGACGUAAACAUUUUUGAUUAGCAAGCCAAGAUCAGAGAUUUGCAUUUACAACCAAAUCUGAAUAGGCUCUUGAACGUCCCCCCAUAUCAAGGGAAACAGCGCCACCUUGUGUUGCCGUUGGGUUUUGAAGAAACCAGGUGUUAAAGGCUAAACAUGACCUUGUGUGUGAAAUGCUUUAAAUAAAACCUGACAAAUGA